CGCGCGUGGUGUCUCGUGUAGCUAAGCUCAUAGCACAAGGUCUUCCGCCACGCGCCAAAAACACAGUCGCUUUAUUACAUACAUCUCCAAGACAACGUAUGAAAAAAUCCAUUAAAGUAUAUCAUGGCCCAGGACGGGGUGAUUCUGCAGUUCAACUUUCCCACGUUUGGGGACUCCAUGCUUCAAAAGAUGAAUGCUCUUCGAAGAGACAGACGCUUCUGUGACGUCAUCGUGCGCAUCAACGAUGUAGAAGUACCGGGACACAAAGUGGUGUUUGCUGCCGGCUCCCCAUUCCUAAGAGACCAGUUUUUCCUUCAGGACUCGAACGAAGUACAAAUUUCCACACAACAAGAUGCAGAAGUUGGACAGAGACUUCUUCUCUCCUGCUACACCGGGACACUCGAGUUUCCAGAGCUGGAAUUAGUACACUAUUUAACGGUCGCCAGUUUCCUACAGAUGGGACAUAUCGUAGAGCAGUGCACUGAAGCUUUAAAUAAAUUCAUUAAACCACACGAGGUCAAAGAUGAACGGACAUCGUCCCGGCAGCCUUCUGACUUUAACGCGCAGCGUGGUGCGCCUCUCGUGGAGACUAUAUGUGAUGAUGAAGAUGAUGAUGAUGAUGAGGUGGACAAUGAAGGGGAAGAUGAGUUGGAUGAAGAUGUAAUCAUAGAGCCAACAUCUCAGCCAGCAUUUAGAAACACUCAGUGCAGGAGUAGAGAAGAGGAUAGGCAUAUUAGCAUCAUCAAGGUGGAGUCGAUUGAAGACCGGAUGCAAGAUGAUCCUGAUAACCUCCAACGCUCAUCUCGUUCUCCGGCACUGUGCUCAGGGGAGCCACAACAUUCGCUUAUUAACUCCACAGUUGAAACACGCCCCACCGAGACCGCCGCUAACCCUGAGGCUGAAUAUGCGCUGUCCCCACCGGGACCCAGCUUUUCCGGGAAGGGGAAUCUUUGGGGAUGCUCACGAAAUGGCGAAAAAGGCAUGCAGUGGUUUCAUCAGUGCCCUAAAUGUGCCCGUGUAUUCCGUCAACUAGAAAACUACGCUAAUCAUUUGAAGAUGCACAAGUUGUUCAUGUGCCUCAUGUGUGGAAAAACGUUUACCCAGAAAGGCAACCUGCAUCGGCACAUGCGUGUCCAUGCUGGCAUCAAGCCUUUCCAGUGUAAGAUAUGUGGAAAGACUUUCACUCAGAAGUGUUCGCUGCUAGACCAUCUGAACCUUCACAGCGGGGACAAACCGCACCGUUGUAACUACUGUGACAUGGUGUUCGCACAUAAACCAGUUCUCCGCAAACACCUCAAGCAGAUACACGGCAAGAACAGUUUCGACAAUGCCAAUGAAGGCAGUCUGCUAUAAGGAUUAUAAAAGUCUAGACCAUUUAUAUUUAAAGAGAUAGUUCACCCCAAAAUGUAAAUUUUGUCAUCAUUUAUUCAACCUCAUGUCAUUCAGGACCUGUUUAUUCGGUGAAACAUGAAGCAGAUAUUUUAAGAAAAGGUUUUAAGCCGUUUUAGGGCCAUAUAAUGGAAGUCAAUGGGGCCUCUUUAUUAUACAAGAUGUAAAACAUUUGUCUUUAAAACUCUGGAAACUGUAAAUAACAUGUGCUAAUACAUGUACAAAUUAAAAUCAGGUUUUCGGUCAUAUUUUCACAUUUAAGGCUGAAGAAUACUAUAUAAGGAAACUAUAGUAUUGAGUUUCCUCUGAAUGCUGCUGUGGCAUUAUUUGUGUCAUAUCUUUUGUAAAGAUAAUAAUAUACUGUUGCAGUAUAUCUGAUCACACCGUGUUUCAGAUUUGAAAUGCUAACUGUAUGAAUGGAUGCUAUUGUAAUAUUUCCAACUCUAAACUUUCCAACUGUUAUUGAACACUGUGUUUAACACUUCUGUCUGUAUUAAAUGUCGCCAAAAUCCAUCUGUGUAAACAACUUUGCGAACAUUGCUGUGACUCCGUAGUAAAUAAUGUCAGAUACGAAAUGAAAAGUGCUUUCUUU